GCUCUUGGAUAUCCUUCCGCGUUCGCUGCAGUCGGUUUGUAAACAUCCCCCGCUUCAGCCCGCUUUAUUUUCAUCAGCGGAGAUUAAAGUCUCCCGGGAAUCUUUCCGACAUGAAGUUCGUGUAUAAAGAGGAGCACCCGUUCGAGAAGAGGCGGUCUGAGGGAGAGAAGAUCAGGAAGAAAUACCCGGACCGAGUGCCUGUGAUUGUUGAGAAAGCUCCCAAAGCCCGGAUAGGAGACCUGGACAAGAAGAAGUACCUGGUUCCCUCCGACCUGACAGUGGGACAGUUUUACUUCCUGAUCCGGAAAAGGAUUCACCUGAGAGCUGAAGACGCGCUUUUCUUCUUUGUCAACAAUGUCAUCCCUCCCACAUCAGCUACCAUGGGCCUGCUCUAUCAGGAACAUCAUGAGGAAGAUUUUUUCCUGUACAUCGCCUACAGUGAUGAGAGUGUGUACGGAGAGGACGUGUAGUGUUCGGCCUCGUCCCAACCCUCACUGUUAAACUAAAUAAAUAUCCAGUAGUCCAGCUGAGCGUGUCACACACUUUCACAUCCUGCUCUCACUUCUGCAGUGUUUGUACAUUUAUCUAUUAAUCUGGCCUGCCUGAAAAUCCUGCUUCUCCUUUACACACACUUGCACACUCUUGAAUCUUUUUCCUUUCCUUCAGUGCUGUUUUGUUUUUUUCUGAUUCUCUGUGCAUGUACCAUUUGCUGAUACAGAUUGGAUGACACUUAUUUAAAGUUUGAAUAUGUUCUGCUUUGAGUUUUUGCAGUACGUUUGCGUUUUUUGCAUUUUAAUAUUUUUAUAGCUGUGAUAUUGUGGUUAUGUAAGGUGAUUUAUAAGUAAGGUAAUUAGAUUUGCUUUGAUUUUAUGGAAGUUUUUUUUCUUUCCUUUUUCAGCAUCUCUUUCUGUUUGUCACUAUAAACACAGUGGGAGAAAAUCUGUGAUUUAUUCUUUUGUGUUAAAUCUUUUGACACUGAUGAGCUUGGACUCACUGUGGUGUUGAAGUAUGUUCACGUGUUCAUCUUAAACACCACUUCACCUGUGUUGCCAGAUUGGUUCUGAUUAAGUUCUAAGAGAGUGAAUAUACUGGAUUUUAAUUGUGAGUAAACAGUAAAGAAAUCUGCUCCUGGAAAAAAA